GCCACCAAUUGUUCCUCGGAACACUACGUUCUUUUUUUCAAAACACACAAAGCAGGUUCAAGCACAAUUUCGAACAUUUUCUUUCGUUAUGGCGAUUCUCGAGAUCUUUCCUUUGUUCUUGGCUCGGACACUGUGAUUGGAUGGCCGACGCGAUUCCGCAUUGGACAAGCUCUCGCUUUCGAUGGAACGCGACCAAAUUUUCUUUGCAGUCACACAAGAUUCAAUAAGAAAGCCAUCAACUAUUUGUUUCCAAAAGACGCCAGCAAAUAUGUGACAAUCGUCAGAAACCCGGUCGAACAGUUUGAGUCGACUUUUAACUACAUGCAAAUCGGAACUGUGUUCGGUUUUGGGACAGAUCCAUCUGAAUCAUUGAAAGCCUUUCUAAAGAAUGGAAUAGGAUUUAAUAUGCUCAGAAAAAGCGGAAGUUCUGUUUUAGCCAGAAAUCCGCAAAUGUUUGAUCUAGGUUUGGAUUUCAAGUUUUAUCAGGAUGCCAAAGCCAUUAAAGAUUACGUUGAAUUCUUGGAAGAAGAGUUUGAUUUGGUUUUAAUCGCAGACUAA